AUGAAGAUCCUCCACAUCUACUUCUAUCUCCUUGUGUGCUGUGGAGCUGCAGAGAGUUUCACAGAGAAGUCGGUAGAUUUGGGACAGAAUGUGACUCUAAAGUGUGAGGUCUCUGUAAAAAAUGUGUACUGGUUCCUGAUGAAGCCGUUAGAACCUCCAGUGUUUAUAUUACGCUCUUACUCAAGUAAAUCGCUGACUGCAGAAUACAGUAACACAUCAUUCAGCAAAAGAUUCUCACUGCAAUACAACAGCACUUUAUUAGUACACAAUAUCAGUACUAAUGAAUUAGGAGUGUAUUAUUGUAGUCAAACUCAAAAUGCUUCACUUCACAACAGCAGUAGAGGAAUCAGACUUUACAUCCAGAAUCACGAGAAUCAGACAGCUGAUAAAGAUGAUGAGAUCAGAUUUUGGAGGAAACUAUACAUUGUAUCAGGAAUAAUAAACUGUGUUGUGAUCAUUGCAGUCACAGUCUCGAUCAUAAGCUGCUGUGGGAAAAACAACAAAUCUUCAAUCUGUGAUGUGAAGCUUCAACAAGUCAGUGGAUCACUGAGCUGGUGGCCAAAAACACAGAAUGAAAGCAGCUACACUGUGGUGGAUUUUCACCCUGUGAUGUAACAAAAAAAAAAUCACACACACACAAAUAAGCUGUGCCACACGAUUGCGGUCACAGUCUGCACACUAACAUGUCUAGCAGAUGUCUAAGGUGAACAGUUCCAUCUUCAGCUUCACAUUCUCAGAGUUUGACCUUCUGCAGUAACGUUCUCACAGUAGUUUUUCACCACAUGAUCAAACUAAACCUUUCUGUAUGUUUCUGAUAUUUAGCUGCUAAUGGUGUAAUGUUUCAAAAGGCAAGAUGG